AUGGCGUCUGCUGAUCUGAGAGCUGAGCUGGAAUGUUCCGUCUGUCUGGACAUUUAUACAGAUCCUGUGACCCUGAAAUGUGGACACAACUUCUGCCGGGACUGUAUUGAUCGUGUGCUGCAUACCCAGGAGGGGUCUGGAGGUCAUUCCUGUCCUGAAUGCAGAGAGAAGUUCCAGGAGCGGCCUGCACUGCAGAGGAACAUAACACUGCGUAACAUAGUGGAGAGUUUCCUGUCUGCUCAGCCAGAUCCGGAGGAGUCCGGGGUCCUCUGUACCUACUGUGUGGACUCCCCGGUACCUGCUGUGAGAUCCUGUCUGCUCUGUGAGGUUUCUCUGUGUGAUAAACACCUGAGAGUCCACAAGAAGUCUCCGGAACACAUCUUAUGUGACCCCACCUUGUCCACGGAGAGCAGGAAGUGCUCCGUCCAUAAGAAGAUCCUGGAGUAUUACUGCACUGAGGAUGAUAUCUGUGUCUGUAUGUCUUGUUGUCUGAUUGGAGGACACACCGGCCAUAAGAUGGAGUCACUGGAUGAGGCUUCUGAGAAGAAGAAGGAGACACUGAGGAAUAUUCUGCAGAAACUUCUGACACAGAGAGAGGAGACGGAGGAAAGAGUCCAGAGUCUGCAGGAACACAGGAGGAAAGUAGAAGAAAUAGCAGCCGGUGACACAGAGAGAGUCUCUGCCCUGAUUAGAGAGCUCAGGAGACGUCUGGAAGACCUGGAGAAGAAAGUCCUGAGUGAGAUCUCCGGGAGGGCAGAGCGGGUCUCCAUCUCUGUGAUGGAGAAGAUCCGGGAGCUGGAAAUAAAGAAGGACGAGCUGAAGAUGCGUGACAUUGAGGAGCUGUGUAACAUGACGGAUCCACUGACUGUCUUACAGGAAUCAGACACAGGUGACUUGUGUGAUACUGAGGAUGGAGAUGAUGAGGACAGAGAGAGACAUGAUAGACUCCUCCGUGAUGGAGGGGGUCUGGAUGUGGCUGGGCUCUCACACACAUUACACACAGGUUUAUCUGAUAUAAUAACAGAGGUAAAUGUAUCCUUCUAUAUACAGGAAGCUGAAGACAUAUUACUGGAUGUGAGCACAGCUCAUAAUUAUCUACAGAUAUCACAUGACAGGAAAACUGUAUCCAGGUCAGAGAUAGACCAGAAUCACCCAAAAACUCCACAGAGAUUUCAGUGUCCUCAGGUGUUAGGCAGUCGGAGUUUCUCCUCAGGGCGACAUUACUGGGAAGUGGAUGUCGGGGGGUCAGAUGAAUGGAGAGUCGGGAUGUGUUACCCCAGUAUAGGGAGGAGAGGAGGAGUGCAGUCACUGAUUGGAAGGAAUAACAAGUCCUGGGGUUUGGUCAGGGAUGGUAAUCAGUAUUUAGUGAUACAUGACAGUAAUCAGAUCCUCUUACCCCCCAAUAUCUCCAGUACCAGAGUCGGGAUAUAUCUGGAUUAUGAGGCCGGGCGGAUCUCCUUUUAUGAUCUGUGUGACCCGAUCCGACACCUCCACACCUUCACCACCACCUUCACUGAGCCCCUCCAUGCUGGGUUACGGGUAGGGAGAGGUUCUAUAAAGAUCUGUGGGGGAACUCGGGAAUUAGAUCUGGUAGUCCGGAAUGUUCUGGUUUUUGUAGAACUUGGCGGUUUGAUCGGCGACUUCACGCACAGCGAUGGCCGCGGACUCAACCUGGAAAGAUCCACAAGAGACGCCAUGAGACCACGCGGCCAAUGUAUUGUACUGCCGGUGAAAGUCCACCCUGGCUGCCUGGUGUACGAUGGGUCAUGUGACUGGCCGAGUACCCAACUCACAAUGAUAUUGGCAGAUCAUCGGCACACGCCAGGGCUACGUUUUUGCCUCCAAGCUGGAAUAUGA